AUGGACUUCUUGGUAUUCAAGUAUGAUGUGAUGUAUCGGAUCAAGGUUCUGAUAUUUGAUCAUAGUGGUUGCGAGAAAGUACCACCAUGUUUUAUCACGAAAAAUGCUAUUAGUGGUGGACGGAAGAGAGAAGAACCCAUUGAUAUUUCAAGCAGCUAUGCUAAUCUUUCCAUGAGAACACCAGAAACUAAAAAGAAAGCAUUGAAGCAAAGAGUGUUGAUUCUUCAGUGUCAUGGCAAGAGUUGGGAAGUGAUUUGCCGCAUUCAGGUUCAAAAGCUCAACGCAAAGUUAAAAGGCUUUCUAAAGGGUGGGUACGGUUUGCACGUGACAAUAAUUUACAGCCGUGAGAUAUCUACUUCUUACAAGAUGAAUAUUAACAUCUUCUUGAUGCACAAGCAGGCUGUUCAGAAGAGAGUUCAAUGGGUUAGCACUGGUAAAAAGAGUGCUAUAUGGAAGAAAACACAUGAGCGAAAUGCUCGCCGUGUCCUCAACCUGAUGAUAGAGUUAGAAGGUUUAUGGGUGAAAAUGGGCCAAUAUUUAUCCACAAGAGCAGAUGUACUUCCUGAACCCUACAUAAUUGUCCUCAAGCAGUUGCAGGAUUCACUUCCUCCACGCCCUUUUGAAGAGGUUCGUGGAACAAUAGAGAAAGAACUUGGAGAACCCAUGAGUGAUCUAUUUGCUGAUUUUGUCGUGGACCCUCUCGCAACCGCAUCAAUAGCGCAAGUUCAUCGUGCAACUCUAGCAGAUGGCAGAGAAGUAGUUGUCAAAAUUCAGCAUGAUGGUGUCAAGGAGAUCAUAUUAGAGGAUCUGAAGAAUGCAAAAUCAUUGGUUGAAUGGAUAGCGUGGGCAGAGCCUCAGUAUGAUUUUAAUCCAAUGAUUGAUGAAUGGUGCAAGGAGGCUCCAAAGGAACUUGAUUUCAACCAUGAAGCAGAGAAUACUAGGGCCGUCUCCAGGAAUCUUAGUCGCAAAACUGACUGUGGGAGUGGCAGUGUUUCCAAUGUUGUUGAUGUACUCAUUCCAGAAGUUAUUCAGUCAACUGACAAGGUUCUAAUUUUGGAAUAUAUGGAUGGGAUUCGCUUAAAUGAUAAUGAUUCAUUGGAGGCAUUUGGUGUUGACAAGCAAAAACUGGUCGAAGAGAUAACCCGUGCAUACGCUCAUCAACUAUACAUUGAUGGCUUCUUUAAUGGCGACCCUCACCCUGGCAAUUUUCUUGUGAGCAAGGAACCUCCGCAUAAACCGAUUCUCCUUGACUUUGGGCUCACUAAGCGCAUAUCUAAAUCUAUGACGCAGGCACUAGCAAAAAUGUUUUUGUCAUGCGCAGAGGGAGAUCAUGUGGCACUGCUGUCAGCAUUUUCAGAGAUGGGGCUUAAACUGCGGGUUGACAUGCCUCAGCAGGCUAUGGAUAUUGCCACAAUAUUCUUUCGCCAGUCAACCACAGCAAGUGAAGCAAAGGAGAACAUAAAGGCACUAAAUGACCAAAGAGAGAGAAAUAAAAAAGCUCUUCAAGAAAAGAUGAAAUUGAACAACAAGGAGGUUCAACGCUUUAAUCCUGUUGAUGCUUUCCCUGGGGAUGCCAUAAUAUUUAUGAGGGUCUUGAAUCUCCUCAGAGGUCUUUCAGCUUCACUAAAUGUUAGGAUAGUUUAUCUGGACAUCAUGAGGCCAUUUGCUGAAUCAACUUUGUUAGGGAAGCUGAAGUAUGAGGAAACAGUUGCCAACAUAUGGCCAAAUUUUGGAACUAAUGGAAAAGAGUUAAUAAAGGUCCAUCAUCUUCUAAAUCACACAUCCGGUUUGCACAAUGCACUGGGUGAUGUGGUGAAGAAUGAUCCUUUGUUGGUAUGUGACUGGGAGGAGACACUAAACCAGAUUACGAAGUGUACACCUGAGAUCGAACCUGGUUCCACACAAAUUUACCAUUACCUCUCCUUUGGUUGGCUGUGUGGGGGAGUCAUAGAGCAUGCAUCUGGGAAGAAGUUUCAAGAGGUUCUAGAAGAGGCUAUUGUUCGCCCUCUUCACAUUGAGGGGGAGCUAUAUGUUGGCAUUCCACCAGGUGUUGAAUCUCGGCUGGCAGCGCUGACAGUUGACACCGAGGAGCUCCAGAAGCUAUCAGGAAUCAGGGCAGGGGCAGAUGUGCCACCAGCUUUGCUGAACAACAUCGCGCAGAUGGCGUCUGGCCUACCAGCUCUUUUCAACACGCUAUGUCCGGCGGGCCAUCAUCCCUGCUGCCAAUGGCCACUGCUCCGCUCGUGCGCUAGCUCGAUACUACGCGGCGCUAGCAACAGGUGGUUCUGUUCCUCCGCCGCACUCUUCCGGCUCCAAGCCGCCCCUCGGCAGCCAUGUGCACACCCCCAAGUUCCCAACCGUGCCACUCAAGAAGAAGAAGGGCACGGGAAAGAAGAAGGGCGGCAGUGUCUCCACGGGAAACCUCCAGGAUGUCAGCAGCACUGA